AUGCAUUCUCGACGGAACAUAUCGCUUGUGAGCGCCCAUUGCGAGGGAGAGGCGGGAGACGUGAUCAUAGGUGGUGUACUGGACCUCCCAGCCAACACUAUGCACGAGAAGCUGGUCCGAUAUACGAAUGAGCAAGAUGAUCUUCGUCGGCUGUUGUUGCAUGAGCCGCGAGGUCGGCCGGAGAUGAGUGUCAUGCUUGUGGUCCCCCCAUGCGACCCUCGAGCAGAUGCCGGGUUUCUGAUAAUGGCCCCUGGGGAUUGGGUCGCAAUGUCCGGAUCAAACACGAUUUGUACCACCACUGUUCUCCUUGAGAUGGGUAUGAUUCCAAUGGAAGAGCCUUCCACGCUGGUCAAGCUUGAUACCGCCGCUGGACUCAUCACAGCCAACGCCGAGUGCGUGAGCGGAAAAUGCAAGUCUGUCUCUUUUGACAAUGUUCCGGCAUUCGUCUUUGCCAUCGACAAGGAAAUUGACAUUCCGGGCCUUGGAACAAUUGCCGUGGACAUUGCAUAUGGUGGCCAGUGGUACGUGAUCGCUCAAGCACAGGAUUUGCAUGUCGAGGUGAGAACCUCAUUUGGUCCUCAGCUCAUCGAGCUAGGCAAACGACUCAAAGAAGCGGUAUUAGCCCAAUGCUUGCCUAAACACCCAGAGAACCCGGCCAUUUGCGGCAUCAACAACAUCAUCAUCAGCGAGCCUCUUGCCAAUCAGAACGGAGUGAAGUCAGUGAAGCAUGCGGUGAUUGUUACUCCAGGAAGACUGGAUAGGAGUCCUUGUGGCACCGGUAGCUCGGCUCGACUUGCGGUGCUUCAUGCGCGAGGUCAGCUAGGAGUUGGAGAAUUAGCAACUUUCCGAAGUGUCAUUGAUACGGAGUUUAUAGGCCGCAUUCGGGGUCUGACCAAAGUUGCGGGCACAGCCGCGGUGCUUCCCACCAUCAAAGGCAGGGCAUGGAUAACUGGGGAACGGCAAAUUCGGCUUGACCCGAGUGACCCAUUCCCUGUGGGGUUCUUGGUCUAA